AUCGCAUUAUAAGCACGCAAUAAUGCUAAAUAGAUUAUAAACAAUACUGUAAAAAUCCUAACUUAAUACGCCCCUAGUACCCUAUAAGACGUCCGAGAUAGCUAUAAGCAGUCUCUAUAAGCGUUAAUUACUACUAUUACUACUAUUACCAUAGCAGGGCACGCCGAGCUCUACCGGGCCUUGCCGCCAAUUACCGCUAUACCAGACUGUAAACGUAUCUGUUUUAUCUGGUUGGAUUAACCCUUUUUUCUUUAAAGACCUGUAACCCUCUCGCCUGAUGAAUGGUCGAUCGUGGAGCCCCUGCGAAGUUGGUUUGUCGAGCUGUCGAGCGACAAGGUCCCAAUUAAAUCUUACGACCUUGCCCUACAACAUUCGAUCGGCCAGGGCGUCUUCUUUCAGCCCUGCGUUUGUUGUAUCUCUAUAAAGGAUCCCUCAUUCCUCUGCUGUGUGGCAUGAUGUCCAAGGGACGCCUUGGUCAGUUUGUACUGUUACGGUCACCUCUCCCCAGAGCCGGUCGCCCUCCUCAACGAUCAUUUACAACCGGGGCCAACGCGGCCAAUACCUCCCGCUGUGGUAAUAGAAUUGCUGCCGCUGCCAUUUCAUUAUCCGGCCUAGUCUAUGCAAUGACGUCCCAUAAGCCGGCCAAAUUUGACGCGCGCUCCCUAGCCGAGCUCGACGAACGGACGAAACGUGAGCAGGGCAUCGACGAGAAUUCGCCCAUGCGCCUGCGUAUGGAGCAGUUCAUACGCGAACAACAGAAGGCCAUAGUCUUCGAACUUGAGAAAUUGGACGGCAAGAGCUUCCGAGAAGACACAUGGACGCGGGAGAUGGGGGGCGGUGGUGUCUCGUGUGUGUUGCAAGAGGGAAAUGUGUUCGAGAAGGCUGGCGUGAACAUCAGCGUGGUGUACGGGACGCUGCCGAAGCCGGCGAUCGCCAAGAUGAGGGUGAACCAUAAGAACCUCGUCGACGCGGACGAGGUUGACUUCUACGCGCUCGGCCUUAGCAUGGUCCUUCACCCCCAAAAUCCCAUGGCGCCAACGGUACACCUUAAUUACCGUUACUUCGAGACGAUGUUGCCAGAUGGCAGCUCCCAAGCCUGGUGGUUUGGCGGUGGUAGCGACCUGACCCCGAGCUACCUGUUUGACGAGGAUGCGGUGCACUUCCACAGGACAUUGAAAGAGGCCUGCGACAAGCACAAUAAGGAGUAUUACCCCAGAUUUAAGAAAUGGUGCGACGAGUACUUCCGCAAUACGCACCGGGGCGAGUCUAGGGGGGUUGGUGGGAUUUUCUUCGACGAUUUGGACGAGAGUGUGGCCGAUGCCGACAAUACGUUCGCGUUCAUCCAAGACUGCCUGAGAAGCUUCUUGCCUUCAUACCUGCCCAUUGUCCAGAGGAGGAAAGACAUGCCCUUCACCGCUAAGGAGAAGGAGUGGCAACAGGUGCGAAGAGGGAGGUAUGUCGAGUUUAACCUCGUCCACGACCGGGGCACCGCUUUCGGGUUAAAUGUACCUGGAUCCCGCGUUGAGAGCAUCCUGAUGAGCCUUCCGUUGACUGCAUCUUGGCGAUAUAUGUACGAUCCAGAACCGAGAAGUCGAGAGCAAAGACUCGUCGAAGUCCUGAAGGACCCCAGAGAGUGGGUGUGAUAUUGCCUACACGUGGGUAAGUGAGAUACUAACGAUAGUAAACUGUCCAUACUGUGUAUCGCUUCAGAAAAAGAAAAGACGUAAGAGAAGACAUGUAUAAAGAGAGACUGUACAUAGAAGGAGUUAGGUACAACUAGUAUAAUAUAUACAUUUAUAAUGUAUACCUCUGCCUCUCUCUCUUUUCACUAUAAGAAUAACAGAUCUAAGAUAUAAUCUAGCAACGCGGCUAGGUUUUACAUUAUUUAGUAUCUUGGUACUUAUCUUAAGCGUGUAUAGGUGUAUAUUCUACCUUUAAGUACUUAAUUCAUUUAUUAAAAUACGUCGAAGUACUCUGCGUCUCUAAGUUUUCGUACCGAAAACCUAGAACCUCUCCGAAGGCCGAGGAAAAAGGAGUAAGUAAUGUAAUAGGCUAUGCCUAUAGUAGGGCCCUGGCUAGUGCCAGGGCAUAGUACGUAAUCAGGCCCUUAG